UCAUGCUUUGGAAGCGAGCGGCUCUGAGCGGAAGCACUUUUAUUUCCAUGAGAAACACCAGAAACACUUCCGGCAGGGGAAGCAGAAGGUCCUUGGCUGAAUCCAGCGGAGAAGCUCCAGCAGCUGAGAGCUUCUGUCCCGGCGGCAUGUCGUCAUUCUGGAGUCUGAGACCGGCGCUGACGUCACUGCUGCAAGCGUCGCAGAGCGCCUCCUGGUGGACGGGAGGGCCGCUCCUCUGCAGGAGCAUGGCCACCCUCAACCAGAUGCACCGGCAGGGGCGGCCCAAGCCGCCGGCGCCGGCGCCGGGCGCCACGUUCGGCCGGCCGCAGCUGAAGGCCGUCGUCCUGAAGACCAUGAUCCGUAAACCCAAGAAGCCCAACUCGGCCAACAGGAAGUGCGCCCGCGUGCGGCUGUCCAACGGGAAGGAGGCGGUGGCCUUCAUCCCCGGAGAGGGACACAACCUGCAGGAGCACAACGUGGUGCUGGUGCAGGGCGGCCGCACGCAGGACCUGCCGGGGGUCAAGCUCACGGUGGUGCGGGGCAAGUACGACUGCGCCCACGUGGUCAAGAAGAAGCAGUAGGAGCGACGGACUCUGUGUGUGUGUGUGUGUGUGUGUGUGUGUCUGUCCCAGCUGUUUAAUAAAGAUGUGUGCUCUUCA